UCUGUAUAUAAGCGUGGUCACAGCGGGUGGGCUUAUGCAGAUAGCGUUGUUCCUAGUGUUAGUGCAAUAGGUCUUUAGAUCUAUAAGGAUGUUCCGGCUCAUCCUUUGCCUUUUCGCCGUAUCACAGGCGCUAGCCUAUAAGAACCCUCACUAUGCAUCAGGCCGCUCCGCCAUGGUCCAUCUCUUCGAAUGGAAGUGGGAUGACAUAGCUGCUGAGUGCGAGCGGUUCCUUGGACCUAAAGGAUUCGGUGGUAUUCAGAUCUCCCCUCCCAAUGAGAACUUGGUGAUCUGGGCUCACAACCGGCCAUGGUGGGAGCGCUACCAACCGAUCUCCUACCGCCUCAUCACACGCUCCGGUAACGAACAGCAGUUCGCUAACAUGGUGCGCAGGUGCAACGAUGUUGGAGUCCGGAUUUACGUAGACGCCAUCAUCAACCACAUGACUGGUACUUGGGGCGAUAACGUGGGUACCGGCGGCAGUACCGCAAACUUCGGCGAGUGGAGCUAUCCCUCCGUCCCCUACGGCCGCAACGACUUCAACUGGCCUCACUGCGUCAUCAACUCUCAUGACUACGGAUGCUGCCCUGAUAGAGUACGAAACUGCGAACUGUCCGGUCUUAAGGACUUGAACCAAGGCUCUGAAUACGUGCGCCAGCAGAUCGUCAACUACAUGAACCAUCUCAUCGGCUUGGGUGUCGCUGGAUUCAGAAUCGACGCAGCCAAACACAUGUGGCCUGGAGACUUACGCGUCAUCUACGACCGUCUAAACAACCUGAACACCAACCACGGUUUCCCCUCUGGUGCCCGCCCUUACAUCUUCCAGGAAGUCAUCGACCUUGGUGGCGAGGCCAUCAGACGCGAAGAAUACACUUCCCUUGCCGCAGUCACCGAGUUCAAAUUCGGUCUGGAGUUGAGCAGAGCCUUCCAACGCAACAACCAACUCAGAUGGCUGGUUAACUGGGGACCCGCCUGGGGUCUGCUUGCUUCGAACGAUGCUUUAGCGUUUAUUGAUAACCAUGACAACCAGAGGGGUCACGGUGCUGGUGGAAACAUCCUCACUCAUAAGCAACCUAAACAGUACAAGGGAGCUAUCGCGUUCAUGUUGGCCCAUCCUUAUGGUGUUCCUCAGUUGAUGAGCAGUUUCGCCUUCCACAACACUGAGGCUGGACCCCCAAUGGACAGCAGUGGUAACAUCAUCUCGCCUGCUAUCAACUCUGACAACUCCUGUGGCAACGGUUGGGUUUGCGAGCACCGUUGGCGCCAGAUCUACAGCAUGGUCGCCUUCAGGAAUGUCGCUGGCAACACUGGUAUCAACGACUGGUGGGAUAACGCUAGCAACCAGAUCGCUUUCUGCAGAGGCGGACAGGCCUUCAUCGCCUUUAACAAUGAUCACUGGGACCUUAACCAGAACCUUCAGACUUGCCUCCCCGCUGGUCAGUACUGCGACGUGAUCUCUGGCCAGAAGAACGGUAACAACUGCUCUGGCAAGACAGUGAACGUCGGCCAUGACGGUCGCGCUAACAUCUACGUGGGAGCCAACGAGUACGACAUGAUGCUGGCUAUACAUGUCGGAAGCGAAUCAAGAUUGUGAAGAUCACCCCAGAUUGAGGAGCUAUCAGUACAAAAUCCAGACAAAGACUUAAACUAAUCUGCAUCGUAAUAACACAUUGUGAUCUUUUUUAUACUAAACCAUAAUUUAUAAUAAAAAGUUUACAGAUUUA